AUGGCGCGCCCCCGCAUCACCGUUCUCGGCUCCUUGAACAUGGACCUCGUCUCGUACGUGCCGCAUCACCCGUUGCCCGGCGAGACGCUCACCUCGAGCCACUUUGCCACCUCGCCCGGCGGCAAGGGUGCCAACCAGGCGGUCGCCUGCGCCAAGCUCUCGCGUUCCUCAUCCCUCGCCGACCCCUCCGCCGACGUUGCCAUGCUCGGUGCCGUCGGCGCCGAUGCCUACGGUCCCGUCCUCACAUCGAGCCUUGUCUCCUACGGCGUUGACGUCGCCGGCGUCCAGGUCCGCGACGCCACCAGCACGGGCGUAGCCGUCAUCAUCGUCGAUGAACCCUCGGGCCAGAACCGCAUCAUCCUCUCCCCCGAGGCCAACCAUGCUCUGCGUCCCACCGACUUCGCCGCCCUCCCCUCCCCGCGGCCCGACCUCCUCAUCAUGCAGCUCGAGAUCCCUCUCGACACCGUCCUGCAGGCCCUCGCCACUGCCAAGGCCGCCAACGUCCCCGUCCUCCUCAACCCAGCUCCCGCCCAGGCGCUCCCCGAUGCCGCCUACCGCGGUCUCACCCACCUCGUCGUCAACGAGACCGAGGCCGCCUUGCUCUCCGGCUCCGACGAGUCCGUCCUCGAUGACCUCUCCGGCCUCGAACGCAUUGGCGCCCUCUUUGUCGACAAGGGUGUCACAAACGUCAUCAUCACACUCGGCGGCCGCGGCGUCUACUACCGCACCAGCUCCGGCAAGAGCGCGCUGCUGCCGGCCCUCAAGGCCAACGUCGUCGAUACCACCGCCGCCGGCGACACCUUUGUCGGGUCCUAUGCGCUUGCAGCCGUUCGCGCUGGCACGGCCGAGUUUGACGUUGACACCGCCGUCAAGGCCGCCAAUCGCGCUUCCGCCAUUACCGUUUCUAGAAAAGGAGCUCAAGUGUCUAUUCCGUGGAAGGAUGAACUAGAAUAG